UUGACAGCUCGACCCAUGUCAAAACAAACUUCCAUAAAUAAAAAAUACAAAAGGUGAAAAGGUGUUCUUGUAAUUUUAUCAGAAGUUUAAUUUACAUUUUCUGUUUUCACUCCGAAAAUACUGUAAAUCUUUGAAGCAUAUACCUGGUUUCCGUAAUUGCGACAGUCUCUUUUUGCAUCGAUUAGUAGAGUUUCAAGGCAGCUAACCUUCGGAAACGAGUCUGGUGAACUGACUGAAGACCAAAUGGGAAAACUUACGACGAAUUCGUCGAAUUCAACAACGUCGUCGUCGUCAUCACCCGCGUCGAAGCAGGUGUACCAGCAUAGGACUUUGGAGCAGAUAGGAAAUGAUCUGCUGCAGGAAUGCAAAACAUGCACCGAAAACUCACGCCUCUCGCAAGGACUACGCGAGCGUUUGGAGCGACUUCCGAGGAAGAUGCGGAAGGAAGUUGUAAAACGUACGAGCGACGGCUGCUCACCACUUUUUAUCGCAUGUCGCCGAGGUAAUGUGUAUAUCACAGAAUAUUUGAUCACGGUAUGCGAAGCAGAUAGCGAACAGAAGGGUCUGUACGAGGUGCCAGAGGAUCGAUCGGUCCACUGCGUGACUCCUCUCUGGUGUGCAUGCGUUUCCGGCAAGCUUCCCGUUGUGAAGUGUCUUGUGCGUCUUGGUUCAAACAUCAAUGCCCUCUCGGAUACCGGAUCAACACCGUUACGUAGUGCUUGCUUUAUGACACACAUUGAUAUUGUGCAAUUUUUGGUGGAACACGGGGCGGAUAUCAGAAAGCCAAACUACAACGGUGGAACAUGUCUGAUCAAUUCCGUACAAUCGGUCACACUUUGUACAUACCUUAUCAGUAAAGGGGCAGAUGUUAAUGCCCGUGAUAUUCAGAACAAAACGGCACUACACUACGCUAUUCAGGAACAUCGACUGGAAACGGCUCAACUAUUGCUGGAACAUGGGGCCGAUCCAUUCGCCAAAUCGCACUACGGGGAUGAUGCACUACAAACUGCCUGCCUUAAGGGAGCCUACCACAUAUUUGAUUAUUUGAAAAAGCGCAUCAACUAUUCUGCCGAACGACUGGCAGACGCACACGAGCUGUUUGGGUCAACGCUUAUUGACGAUCUUAAUGUGACGCGCGGUGCCGUCCUUCAUUGGCGAAUGGCGCACCAGAUUCGCUUACGGGAAGCAGAGUAUAUCACCAAGAAACCUCCAGUCGAGCCGCGGGCGGCUUAUGGGUAUGCGACCGAGUUUACUACGAUACCGGAGCUGGACAAUAUUGCAGCAGACAUGGACGCAAUGCGGGUACAGAGCUUGCUAAUUUACGAACGCAUUCUCGGCAUCGACCAUCGCGAUACACUGUUCCGGUUGAUGUUUCGGGGUGCGUCUUAUGCUGAUGCACAUCGCUUUCAGCGUUGUAUUGAUCUGUGGCUGCUGGCACUACAGGUGCGGGUACAAAAAUACUCCAUCCUGUACUCGGACACGUGCUUAACGGCACAGGCCCUGGUACGAUUGAUGCUAGACCUUAUCGAUGGGUACGACGAAAUGAUGCCCGUUGAGUUAUACGAGGGAAGUGUCCCGCGUUUCGAGGAUGUCUAUGCCGUUUUCAGCAUCCUUACAGCAAACAUAGCCGUGGCCCAGCAGCUCAUCAGCAUCCGGCCGGUGCAUCGGAAGCAGCAGGAAAACUUUGAUCGCGUUAUAAAAUGUCUUACGCAUCUGAUGUAUCUAAUGCUAGCCACAGCCAAAACGGAUGCAGACCGUUCUGCAAUCUACAAAUCGGUGCACACGCUUGUAUGCAGCCAAGUUCGCAGCGCCAUCACCAACGACACACUACUGCACCUAUCCGUCUCGCGCCUGAACGUGAUAAGAAGUGGCUACUUCAGCGACGAUUCCAACUCUCUUAGAAUCGUGUUUCCCAGUUUGAACGUGGCCAAACUGCUGCUCGACUGUGGAGCCGAUGUGAAUGCGAAAAAUGAAUCCAAAUCAACACCGCUUUUGGUAGCUGCUAUGCCUUACAACUACGACCGAGAUGUAAUUUACACACUGCUUGAGUACGGAGCACAUCUGGAUGAACCGAAUCGGCACGAUGAUCGUCCAUUGAAUUUGAUACGCAACAAUCCCAUCAACGACAUUCCGACGGUAAACUACCUUCCACUGAAGUGUCUCUGCUCGACGGUGAUCGUACGAUUUGGCAUACCGUAUCGUAACCAGAUACCGCGUACACUUGAGGAGUUUGUCAAACGGCAUGAACCGUAGAUAAAUCAGUCGGUACAACCGCAUUAAAGCAAAACAUGUUAGUGAGUACCAUUACACAAGUUACAAUUUUUACGGAACGAAAUCAUCGACUGUCGUUCGGUUUUGGUUCUGCUAAGUUUGAAAUCUGUGAUUCUUUUAGAAAACAGUCACUAGAAUUUGAUUCAAUGCAUUGCAAUGGUCGUCAUCAGAAGAUAGGAAAGAGCUGUUCGUCAAUUCAUUAGCAAUAAUUAGCACCUCGGAAAAGAAAA